UGAAAUGCUAACGGGGAGCGCCCAGGCCGAUUCUGCCGCUUUGGCACAGUUCAACAAGUCAUGGGCGGAGCUCACCGACUGGCUGACCAUGCUGGACAACAUGGUGCAGAACAAGCGCGUCGUCGUGGCGGACCUGGAUGACAUCAAUGAAAAUAUUGGCCAGCUCAAGGCAUCCUUGCAGGAGCUAGAACACCGACGCCCUCUGCUGGAGAGACAAGUCACUGCAGCCCAGAAUCUCAAGAACAAAACCGGCAACCAGGAGACACGAAACGCCAUCACCGAGCGCAUUGACCGGCUUCAGACACACUGGGAGGACUCGCUGCUUAAACUCUCAGCCAGAAUCAAGCAGCUUCACAACAUGCUGCAGGACUCCACGGAGUGGUUAAAUUCCAAACAGAGGGUGGACGCUCUGAUCAAGCGGGCCAUCGAGAGGCUGGAGUCCUGGCAAGAGGUCACCUACACGGUGGAUGCUGUUGCAAGACAGAAUGCUGAACUCAAGUGCUUCGCAAACGACCUACGACAGUGGCAGGGUCAAGUGGAUGAAACCAACGUGUUGGCCGACAAACUGCUGACACGUUACGCCAACGACGACACACACAAAGUGACCCAAAUUCAUGGCAACAUUGUGGCCACCUGGACACACAUCAGCAAGCGUGUUUCUGAGCGGGAGGUGGCUCUGGAAGUGGCUCUGAAUCUGCUGCAGCAGUACCACCUCGAUCUGGACAAGUUCCUCAACUGGCUGACGGAGGCUGAGACGACAUGCAAUGUUCUAAUCGACGCCACCAAUGAAGAGAAGCUGGCUGAGCAGCCUGAGGCGGCCCGGAAUCUUCUAGCACAAUGGAGGGACCUCGAGGCCGAGAUCGAUGGCCACACAGAGCUCUACCAUUCGCUUGAUGAGAAGGGCCACAGGGUCCUGAGCUCACUGGAGGACUCGGAGGAUGCGGCGCUCCUCCGCAGACGGUUGAACAACAUGAACCAGCGCUGGAAUGAUUUGCGCGGCAAGACUCUCAGCAUGAGGGCUCACCUGGACUCGGAAAUGGCACCUUGGAAGAGGCUGCAUAUGUCGCUGCAGGAGCUGCUAAACUGGUUGAGGCUGAAAGCUCAGCAGCUGGAGCGGGAGAUGCCCGUCGGAGGUGAUGUCCCGGCUGUCCAGAACCAGUUGGACACUCACCGGGGCUUCAGGCGGGACGUAAGAGCCAAAGAGCCUGUUGUGACCAAGGCGCUUGAGGACGUUGGCGUCUUCCUCUCCCAAAUGUCCCAAGAGCCUCCGUCACCUGAGCACCGAGACAUGGGUUCCGUGGAGCGCGCCCAAAAUGUCGGACGACUCCUGCGUAAGGAAGCGAAUGACGUGACGACCAAAUGGGAGCAGCUGAAUAGCAACUCUGCCGAUUGGCUGAGGAGGCUGGAGCUUGCUCUGCAGCGGCUGAUGGAGCUCCUGGAGGCAGAGGACCUCGUGGAUGGCCAGCUGAGACAGGCGGAGAUGGUCAAGGACGCUUGGGAGCCUGUCGGGGACCUUCUCAUCGACUCGCUGCCCGAGCACAUCCGAAGAGUCAAGGAGUUCCAGGAAGAGAUCGCUCCCAUACAGGAAGACGUAACGCACAUGAACCAGUUGGCGUCCACUUUCACUCUGCCUGAAAUCCAGCUGUCGCCCAACAACCUGAAAUGCAUUGAGGAUCUCAACACACGCUGGAAAUUGUUGCAGGUCUCAGUCAAUGACCAUCUAAAGCAUCUGAUGGAUGCACACCGAGACUUUGGCCUCCUUCAUGGAUCUGUUGACAGCCCCUUCGAGCAGGGCGUCUCUCCAAACAACGUGCCCUACUACAUGAAAGAAAAAGCCGGACCGGACCUGAUGACCAAGACACUCCACCAGACCCAGACAACAUGCUGGGACCAUCCCAAGAUGGCGGAGCUCUAUCAAUCGCUCUCUGACCUGAACAAUGUUCGAUUCUCAGCCUACCGAACAGCCAUGAAACUCAGACGCCUACAAAAGGCUUUGUGCUUGGACCUGCUGAACAUGCCAAUGGCAUGCGAAGUGUUCGACCAGCAUGGCCUGAAGCAGAAUGAGCAGCUGCUGGACAUCUCCCAGCUGGUGGCCUGUCUGACCAGCCUGUAUCAGCGGCUGGAGCAGAGUCAUGCACACCUGGUCAGUGUGCCUCUGUGCGUCGACAUGUGUCUCAACUGGCUACUCAACGUCUACGACACAGGUCGCAGUGGAAAGAUCCGCACGUUGUCCUUCAAAACUGGAAUCGUCUCGCUCUGCAAGGCCCACCUGGAAGAUAAAUACAGAUUCUUGUUCAGGCAGGUUGCGAGUGCCACCGGUUUCUGUGACCAGCGUCGCCUCGGUCUUCUCCUCCACGACUCCAUUCAGAUCCCACGGCAACUUGGCGAGGUGGCCUCCUUUGGCGGCUCCAACAUUGAGCCCUCUGUGCGAAGCUGCUUCCAGUUUGCUAACAAUAAGCCAGAACUGGAGGCUGCCAUGUUCCUGGACUGGAUGCGUUUGGAACCUCAGUCCAUGGUCUGGCUGCCCGUGCUGCACCGCGUGGCUGCCGCCGAGACCGCCAAACACCAGGCCAAGUGCAACAUCUGCAAGGAGUGUCCCAUCAUCGGCUUCAGAUACCGCAGUCUGAAACAUUUCAACUAUGACAUCUGCCAAAGCUGCUUCUUCUCCGGUCGCGUCGCCAAGGGACACAAGAUGCAAUACCCGAUGGUGGAGUACUGCACCCCGACGACAUCCGGCGAGGACGUUAGGGAUUUUGCCAAGGUGCUGAAGAACAAAUUCAGAACAAAGCGCUACUUUACCAAACACCCCCGUAUGGGCUACCUACCUGUCCAGACCAUCCUGGAAGGCGACAACAUGGAAACCCCUAUUACACUGAUCAACUUCUGGCCCGUGGACCAUGCGCCCGGCACAUCCCCUCAGCUCUCGCAUGACGACACACACACUCGGAUCGAGCACUACGCCAACCGGUUAGCAGAAAUGGAGAACCGUAAUGGCUCUUAUCUGAAUGACAGUAUCUCACCCAAUGAGAGCAUGUGAGAAACACUUUCUGUUUGCUUCGUUCUUUAUUUUUGUCAUCGCCCGCGGAUCGGCUGGCUGCGCUUCCUCCUUUGCCCCGUCAGUUGGUUUUGGAACGAUGGCCGUUCCUGCUUUGGCAUCGUUU